AGUUUUGCCACAGACGCGCAAUGAUCUCGCUGGCGCAUGUCAAGUCGAGCCAGGCCGAGGCCGAGAAGGCCGUGCCCACCCGCAGGAUAGCCUGGCCCGGCGGCAAUCUCGUCUCCAACAAGGAAGAGGCCCUGCGCAAGUUCAUGGAGCGCAAGAAGGCGAUCGCGGAAGGGCGGUCGACGUCGUCGUCCGCGUCGGCAAGUCCAUCCAAGGCGUCGUCCCACCAAACGACGUUCCACGUCAAUGGGCGCAAGCGCACCGUAGGACACAAGGUGCAGCCGCAUGGUCCAUCCAAGGCGCUGCACACGAAGAAGCGCGACUACAAGCACACGAUGAAGGACACGGUGACGUUCAAAAGCACCAACGUCAAGGCCGCCGCCUCCUCGAAAGGAAAGGCGUCCGCGAAGCCGCUGCCGACCGUGAGCAAGCUCUCCAUGUCCCUCGACGACAUUGUACGCAAGUCGAGCAAGUGAAGCGAGCAGCAACACCAUGCAUGUCAAUGUACUACUUCAUCGUGCCCUUCUUCUACCACACGGACAAGCAUCUCGAGACUACUCGGCCUUGCGAUCCGAGAUGGUGACGUCGACGGUCGAUGAUGCCUUGAUCUUGAUACGGUUGAGCUCGAGCAGCGCUUCGACGAACGCGUUGCCGCCGUGGACCGCGUCGUCCAUGAGCACGAUGUUGCAGCGGCGCAACGCA